CUCAUUUUUUGAAGGGAUUUAGGGUUACGCCGCAUCUCUGCCUCAUCGCACUCUGUGAGUCAGCUUCCACAAGCAAGCAACGAUGGUGAAGGGUCGCCAGGGAGAACGCGUCAGACUCUACGUGAGGGGUACAAUCCUUGGAUACAAAAGAUCCAAGUCAAACCAGUACCCAAACACAUCUCUUAUCCAAAUUGAGGGAGUGAAUACCAAGGAAGAGGUAGCAUGGUAUGCUGGUAAGAAAAUGGCUUACAUCUACAAGGCUAAGGUGAAGAAGAAUGGAACUCAUUACCGCUGUAUUUGGGGCAAGGUUACAAGGCCUCACGGUAACAGUGGUAUUGUUCGUGCAAAAUUCAAGUCAAAUCUUCCACCGAAAUCCAUGGGAGCACGUGUAAGAGUAUUUAUGUAUCCAAGCAACAUCUAAGGUUCUGAAUAUCAGAUCCCGGUAGAUUUCUUCACAGCUGAUUUUUGUUUCUUUGAUAAAGUUUUAUUAUUAUCGUUUGUAUUUGUAACUUCUGAUCAGAAUUUUGGUUGAGACGGUGUUAGGACCAAAUGAUAUUCUAUAUUUUAUGUGGGCUAUUUUCUAUGAAGUUUAUAUUCUUGAUUA